CUUUGGAUGCAACUGAGCACCUGUUGGAUUCUGCUAGUUGACAAGACCUGGGAUUCACUCUUGAAAAGAUAAUGACUGCAAAGAGACUGGCCAGACAGUUGUACACGAAGGAAUGGAAGAGGGCGCGGAGAGAGGUGUUGGAUGUGCGAGCACUGGUGCGUGCCCAGCUAGAUGCUGAAGAUGCCGCAGACAGAGCUGAGAAGUCUGCACAACGACGUACAGGAAGCAGGGAAGACCAGGCCGUGCGCUGUACAGCAAGGGCAGGCCAUGCUGUGCAAGAAGCAGAUCAACAACCUCGCAGACUUCAACACAUGGCAGGGAUACAACCGGUGGAGACUGAAGAACAACCAGACGAGCUCAUGGGGGAGCCAACAAGUUCAGUCAGUAGGCCUCACAGCAGUGUUGCCGCCAGUCCCUCCACCCAUGCACCCAACCAUCAGACGUGUGAAGAUUCAUCCAUUGAGGAACAAACAUCAGGCCAGGCAGUUGAGGGAAUGACCCAUGACAAAGAGGAGGAGGCAUCAGACCUGGCUGUCCUAAUAAAGCGAAUGCUCCUAGGAAUCAAGGAGCACAUGACGAGAGGGAUGGAGGCUAUAGAGAGGAGGUUGGAUGCUAUAGAGAGGAGUUUGGAUGCUAUGGAGAGGAGGUUGGAUGCUAUAGAGAGGAGUUUGGAGGCUAUGGAGAGGAGGAUGGAGGGUAUGGAGAAGAAGUCAGAGAUGUUGGUAGCUGCUGUCGUCUCAAACCUGCCUCAGCCACAGCCACCUCAGCAGGAAGAGGUCCUGUUGGGUCAAUGUAGCACAGUGGAGGAGCUGGAGGAGCUAGACAGGAGUCUGUCUCUACCAGACAGAAGGAACCAAAUGAAACGUUUCCUUGGAAGAUUGGGAGGGGCAAAUCCCGGAGCUGCCGUUCGCCGUAUUUUACGCCAGGUGGCAACCAACCAAGUCCUGGGGCAGUACAGCUUAAGGGGGAGGAGGGCAAAAAAGGCGUUCCAGAACCUGGCAUUGUGCAAAGUUAUUAUGGAGGCGUGCAUGCAGAACUUCCCUCUUAUGAAGGUCGCAGAUGUUGAGGAGUAUAUUGGCCAUGCACUGAAGUUUGCACCACACAGACGGUUAACUGCUCCUCAAGACAGAACUGCAUACUAAAAUGUUGCACCUACACCCAUUUUGGCAUUUAUAUUCUACGUUUUUGUACAUUUUUAUAUUGCUUUUUCGCCUUUACUUAACCACACACCAACUUAUAUGC